GUGUGGGGUUUUAUAUGUUUUCUAAUAUUGUAUGUGCAUUUCCUCGUUCGGAAUAUAUGGGGAGAAGUGACGAGAGAGUUUCCGAGACAGGAAAAAGAAAGUUCUUUAUUUGAUCAAAUUACUGAACCCAAAAAAGUAAUUUCGAACCCAUUAGCGAGUCAUCGGACCAAUAAUGUGCCGCCAAACUGACCGCCUGACCCAAUUGCACAGAUGAAAAGUCAAUUGUACCCCAAAACCGUCCAUGAACUUCCCUCGUGGGAGUCAAAAUAGUUAAGUCCCCGGAAGCAUCUCCAAAACUUUUCGUUGAUCUCAUCGCUCUCGAUCCUCAACUCAAAACCCUAACUUUCGCAUUCAGACCCUUACAAUUCGGACCUCGAAACCCCCCAAACUCGUUCAAAAUCCCUAUAUUUCCAACUCGCCGAUGACGAAGGAGUUCGCGGUGCCGCCGGUGGUGUUCCCUUCCGGCGGCAACCCCAGCGCCGGUGGGGGGAACCUCCAGCAGCGUCGCGUUCCAACGGCGCCGUUUCAGCCCCCUCGAUCCUCAGGCUCAAGUAUUCCUUUCAUGUCCUUUGACAUCGGCUCCGCCACCGUGUCCUCUGGAGGCUUAUACGGCGGACCAAUCGGCGGCGGCUCAGUCCCCGGAGGAGCCAACUUCGAAGACGAGGAACCCCUCCUGGACGAGCUUGGUAUCCACCCGGACCAAAUCUGGAAAAAGACCAAAUCGAUCCUCAACCCCUUCCGGGUUAACCCGGCUGUCCACAAGGAUUCGGACCUAUCGGGCCCGAUCUUCCUAUACAUGUCCCUGUGCCUCUUUCAAUUGCUGGCCGGGAAGAUUCAGUUCGGUGUAAUACUAGGCUGGAUCGUGGUGUCCUCGAUCUUCCUGUAUGUCGUGUUCAACAUGUUGGCGGGACGUAACGGCAAUCUGGACCUUCAUACCUGUACCAGCGUGGUUGGGUACUGUAUGUUGCCUGUGGUGAUACUAUCGGCAGCUUCGCUAUUUGUACCGCAAGGUGGGUUUGUUCGGUUCGGUAUCGCAGCUAUUUUCGUGCUGUGGGCCACCAGGGUUUGCACAGGGCUAAUGGUGGCACUCGCCGACGGCGGCGACGAGCAUCGCGGGCUGAUAGCGUAUGCGUGUUUCUUGAUUUACACUCUCUUUUCGCUGCUUGUUAUAUUUUAAUGACACUUUCAGUUAAUUGGGUUUUCCAAAUUUUGGGUGAAACUGAAACGGUGCAAAUCUUGUAGCUUCCCUCCCCCCCCUCCCCCUCGCCGCCCCCCCCUUUUUUUUUUAAUAGUAUUUUUUUUUUUUUGGCCCGCCUCUUUAUAUUUGAAGAGGGAUUACAUGAAUGUAAUGACUGAUUGGGUUUUACCUAAAUUUGUGAUGUGAUGAGCGAUUCGUAUAUGUAAAAAAGAAAAAAAAAGGAUAAUAUUAUUUUGUAAAUGAAACUAUUCUUUCUGAUUA